AUGCGGGUCUUCUUUUGGAACAUCCGCGGCUUUGGCCAUGACGGCCGGCGUCGCCAGCUCGUUGAGUACAUGCGUGACGAGCACAUCGACAUCAUCGCCAUUCAGGAAACCAUGCACACGGAAUUUUCUCUCCCCGAGUUAGAGCGUCGAAGCCCCCACCUCUUCGCCUGGCACUGGCUCCCUUCUAGUGGGACCACGGGGCACUCGGGAGGCAUCCUUUUUGGUGUGAAGGAUGCCACCUUUGAGGUUGGCGGUAUGGACCGGGGCGAGUUUUUUGUUAGCAUGGAGCUCUUCGAAAGGGCGCUCAACUUCAAGUGGGAGGUUGUCAUUGUCUAUGGACCGGCGGACCACCGCCGCUCCCCGACCUUCCUCGAAGAGCUACAAUGGAAGGUCUCCGCCUCCACCUUCCUGGUGGUUGUUGGAGGUGAUUUCAACCUCAUCCGCUCUCCCGAUGAGAAGAAUAACGACCGAAAUCAACCGCCCUAG